GGGGCGGGGUGAGAGCGCCCCCUAGCGCGGGGGAGGGCGCCGCCGCCGGUGCGGCCUGAGGGGAGCGGGGCGUCCCGCCCCCGGUGUCGGCGCCCUCCGGCUCCCGUCCCGGUCCCUCGGGGCUGGGGAGCGUCGCCCCCCACCGCCCCGCAGGUGUCCCCAGAGCACCUCGGGCUCUUGCUGCCCCGGGGCUCGGAGGCCGCAGGCCCCCGGCCCGCCGCCCUCAGCGGCCUCCCCGCGCCGUGGUGCCCGGGCCGGGCAGGGCGUCGCGGCCCGGGGUGUUCCCGCCGCAGGCCCCGAGGCCUGGCAGGCGUUCCCUCCCCCGCCAAGAAGCUGGGCCUGGGGCCGUACCGAAACAGAUAAAACACAGCUAUAAAUCCCAGUUUCUCCCGCGGGGGGCUCGGGGGUGCGGCGGGACACGGAGCCACUGCGCCCCGUCUUCGCCCCCUCUUCCAGCGGCCACCAAAGGGCUCGGGAUGGACUUUCUGACCCUCUUCUUGAUUUACUUGUGUUUUGUCCUGGCCACCGCCACCCUGUUCUGCGUCUGCUCAGGAAGGAAGGAGGGUUUCCUCGCGAGAAGCAUCAGCGGUGCAAGCCAGGUAUUGUCAUUUGUAAUCCCCGCGCAGCUCCAGAGUGUGACACAAAGGGUGUUUCACAGGCUCUUCCACACAAGAAGCUGUUUGUUUGUUGUCCUGCACAUAGCCUUGCAAGCUGCAGUGUAUGGAGAAUACACAUGGGAAGUGUUCGUUUACUGCUGGGAGCUGCAGUUCCCCCUCUUCCUCCUGCUGCUGCCCUACCUGCUGCUGGCUGGGAACAUGGGCUGCUUCAUUCUCUGCUCCCGGGCCGAUCCUGGUGUAAUAACAAAAUCAAAUCACGCGUCAUUGGUUAAGAUUUAUGCAUACGAUGGUGUGUUAUUUCAGAAAGGCAUCAUGUGUCCUACGUGCAACAUGGAGAAGCCAGCCAGGUCAAAGCACUGCAGUUUCUGCCGUGUGUGUGUACAUCGUUUUGAUCACCACUGUGUGUGGGUCAACAACUGCAUUGGUGCCUUCAACGCGAAGUAUUUCUUCCUUUACCUCUUCACGCUGACUGCCAUGGCUGCGAGCAUCGCAACCGUCACAGCAGCCUUCCUCAUCCAGGCGGUGCUGCUGUCAGGCAUGAUGCGUGGGAGGUACCUAGACCACCAAGGACAGGAGCAUGCUGUUGAGAUUGUCUUCCUCGUUCAGCACCUUUUCUUGACUUUUCCUAGGAUUGUCUUCAUGCUUGGUUUUGUUAUCCUUCUCACACUCGUACUGGGUGCGUACUGCUGCUUCAGUCUGUGCUUGGCCUUAACCAACCAAACUUCCAAUGAAUGGUAUAAGUCCCGAAGACCUGGGUGUUCCCACCACCCAGCGCUGCAGCCUCAUGACAGACAGGCUGUCUACAAAAACAUGUAUUCUAAAGGAGUCUGGAUGAAUUUAAAGGAAAUCUUUAAGCCUCCUACAGCAUUGGAAAGGAAGAAGAAAACAUGAAGAUAAUGUUCUUUAUAUGUGCAUUUUUAAACUUUUUGUAAGACUUCAUUUCAGCAGCAUGUUUUGAUGUCCCAGCUUUUGUAAAAAGAUACUCUAUUCCAAUGAAGUAAUUGGAAACUAUGUUUUCAUAAAGCCAACCAGUCUUUAAAAAACUGGAGUUCUUCCGAGUUUAUCCGUAACGCUGCCCCUAUGCGUUGUGUCCGCGGCCUGUUCGUCGUUUCAGACACAAUCGUGGUAUCGAAGCAAGCUCUACUAGAGAAAGGCUCGGCUGUGGAACACAUCCACAAGGAACCUUUUUUAAUGAUUCCCAUUUGUGUGCUGCGUUACACCACUGUGUAACAGGCAAACUGAGUUCCUCAGUCACUUGGGUACAUCUUAAGUAGGUCUUCCUGCAGGAUCAUAGCGAUGCCGCACAUGUGGAGGUGGUAAACAUCUGCA